CGUGAACAAAGAACAUGUAUCACUAUAUCUGUAUAUAUAAAUUUUUAUCCUCAAGCAAGUAGUUAAAUUUAAUUUAAAAAGUGAGAUCCAUCAUUUGGGAGGAAGAUAUAAAUGAUUUACAAAUUACAAUACGAAAAAAAAAAAAAUGAAAAAAGAAAAGAAAAGAUAUGAAUACUAAUUUAUAUAUUUCCAUGAACCAGAUCCGUUUACGAUAACUCCGUCACUGGCUAGGACUUGGUUAAGGAAUAAGAUUAAACCAAAUCCAAACUGGAAGAGAUCCCUCUGUACAGUCAAAGCCAAACACUCCUAUUAUAUCAUCUCUCACUUCUCGUCUCUCUCUCAAAUCCACACAGAUACGGUGAUAUGUUGCGCGUGUUUUUAUAUAUACAGUCCUCUUCCAUUGAGCUCAAAUCAGCCCAAACGGGUUGAAUCAGUUAAGAAAUUUCCAGUUUAUGUACUGAUAAUGGCCAUUUUGCUCUAUUCUGACCUACCUGUUUGAAGUUAUGCUUAAAAGAUUACAACUUGCUAAUCGUGCAUGCAGAAAUUUGCAGUUUUCUUGCAUUAACCCUAGUCAUACAUUUUGCUCUUCUGGCAAGACCACAAGUUGUGGUGAUUCUGUCAUUGAUGAACAUAAGUCAGAGUCUGAGACUGAAUGGGAGACAUUACUUGCACCCUUUGACCUUGAAAAGCUUCAAAAGUCGCUUAAUCGGAUUACCCCGUAUCAGCUUUGUAAAUUGCUCGCGCUCCCUCUUGAUGUGCCAACAUCAAUGGAAUUAUUUCAGUGGGCAGGUACACAGAAGGGCUAUUGUCAUUCUUUUGAUGUAUGUUACACUCUUAUAGAUAAACUAGGGGCGGUCGGAGAGUUUAAGAUCAUAGAUAGAUUAUUAUUGCAGAUGAAAGAAGAAGGGAUUGUUUUUAGAGAAUCUCUUUUCAUAUUGAUCAUGAAAUAUUACGGGAAAGCUGGUUUGCCUGGGCAAGCAACUAGGUUGCUUUUGGACAUGAGGAGUCUUUUCUAUUGUGAACCAACAUUUAGGUCUUACAAUGUUGUAUUGGAUAUACUGGUAACUGGAAAUUGUCCUAAAGUUGCCCCAAAUGUUUUUUAUGAAAUGUUGAAUAAGGGCAUCUCUCCCACCGUAUACACUUUUGCCGUGGUAAUGAAAGCUCUUUGUUCCAUAAAUGAGUUGGACUCUGCAUGCUCACUCCUUAGAGAUAUGACAAAACAUGGAUGUGUGCCAAAUUCAGUGGUUUACCAGACUCUGAUUCACUCGCUGUCCAAGGUUAAUAGAGUGAAUGAAGCAUUGACACUUUUGGAAGAAAUGUUAUUGAUGGGCUGCAAACCAGACGUCAAUACCUUCAAUGAUGUUAUCCAUGGUCUUUGCAAGGUUUAUCGGAUUCACGAGGCUGCAAAGUUGGUUGAUCGGAUGCUUCUUCGGGGCUUCACUCCUGAUGCUAUAACUUAUGGAUUUUUGAUGUAUGCAUUAUGCAAAAAAAGACAAAUUGAUGAAGCAAAGGCACUGUUCGACAAAGUGCCUAACCCGAAUAUUGUCUUGUUUAAUACCUUGAUUAAUGGAUUUGUGACAAAUGGACGGUUUGAUGAAGCCAAGGCUAUUCUGAAUAAAAGCAUGUUUAAUAUUGGCUGCAACCCGGAUGUUUAUACAUAUAACAUACUAAUACGCGGUCUCUGUAAAAGGGGACAUUUAGUUUCUGCCCGUGAAUUGGUGAAAGAGAUGGUGUUUAUGGGUUGCAAGCCAAAUGUGAUCACUUAUACAAUUUUGAUUGAUGGGUUUUGCAAGCAAGGCCAACUAAAACUAGCUGGUGAUGUUGUAGAUGAAAUGUCAGUGAAAGGACUUAGUCUAAAUACAGUAGGAUACAAUUGUUUAAUAUCUGCUCUAUGCAAGGAGGGGAAUGUCCACGAGGCUCUGGAAAUGUUUGCCGACAUGUCGAGCAAAGGUUGUAAGCCUGACAUAUUCACAUUUAAUUCAUUGAUAUUUGGGUUUUGCAAGGUUGAUAAGAUGGAAGAUGCCUUGGGACUUUUUCGAGAUAUGCUAUUGGAGGGUGUUAUUGCCAACACUGUCACUUACAACACAUUAAUUCAUGCUUUUCUUAAGAAAGAUGAAACCCAAGAAGCAACAAAGCUGGUCAAUGAUAUGCUAUUUAGAGGAUGCCCACUGGAUGACAUUACUUAUAAUAGCCUAAUAAAGGCACUCUGCAAGGAUGGAGCUGUUGAGAAAGCAUUAGGAUUCUUUGAGGAAAUGAUGAGGAAGGGACUUAAUCCCAGUAAUAUAUCUUGCAAUAUUUUAAUCAAUGGCCUUUGCAGAACUGGAAAAGUGCAAAAUGCACUUGAGUUUCUGCGAGAUAUGAUUCAUAGAGGAUUGACACCAGAUGUAGUCACCUAUAACAGCCUGAUAAAUGGUUUAUGCAAGGUGGGGCAUGUUCGAGAAGCUCUGAACCUCUUUGACAAAUUACAAAUUGAAGGAAUUUGUCCUGAUGCCGUCACUUAUAACACUUUGAUUAGUUCGCAGUGUAAAGUGGGCAUGUUUGAUGAUGCCUAUUUACUUCUAAAUAGAGGUGUUGCCAAUGGGUUUACACCUAAUGAUGUCACUUGGUAUAUAUUGGUCAGCAAUUUUGUUAAAGAGGGUAAUGAGGAGAGGUAGACUUCCUAAGCUUCAGUUUAGUAACUUCACUUUGAUCAGAAAGUUGCAUCAAUGGAUACAUUUGGUUGCCACUUUGGCUGGUCAUUGGUUGCCAGGAGUUAUUCGUAUAAGAAUGUAUGUAGUCUUGGAGAAGCUGGACUGUUGGUGAUCUGGAGAUGGUAAUGGGCCUGAUUUUCAUUGGAAAAAGUAAGCACUUCAAUAUGUUGUAUUUUACAGUGCACCUGUCUGAAAUGUUCAUACCUAGACUUAUCAGAUGGAAUACUAUGUUGGCAUACUGGGAAUAGUGCUGGCUAACUGGUUUGAAUCCUUCAUGUAUGGCUUAUCAUGGUUAAAGCAGAGCAGAACACUUACCAUAUUAUGGACAUGGGAUGGAGACAUUAUUAUGACCCUGAAUUGAGAAUUCAUUCUGACGGGGAAACAUAUAAAGAAUGUUCCUUCUAUUUGUCAAUUCGGAUUGGUUGAUGAGUUCCCACCAAUUUGUUUGCUAAAAGCUGCUUGAUGAAUUCCAAGAAGUUGCCAAAGGUAUCUGCAAGGAGCGAGGAGCACUCUUCAAUCAGCAGAUAUACUCUGCUCCUUUGCCAACUCUGGAUAUAUCUCCCAGUUUUAAGUUCUGACCUCUCUAUUCUUUUGUAAUUUUUUGCUUCUUUGCAGCUCGAGGCCAUAGGAAUGAUCGACUCCAGAAGAAGAAUGUCAAUAAGCUAUAGGCAGCAGCACCUCCAGCAACAUAUCUUUGAGAUGAUCGUGAGAUAUAAUUAGAUUUAUUUUAUAACUUUUGAAAAAAUAAUUAGAUUUAUUUUAUUAAUAAUCUGUUUUGUAAUUCAUAUUGUUUUUGAUUAGUCAUUUACCCUUUUCAAGAUUUUUAGACUAUUUCAUACAAUGUUUACUAUGAUAUGAUACAGUGAGACGCAAUUAUAACCUGCAAAUCAUUACAUGGGCUGGGCCGCGAUGCUUUUUACUUCUAAUCGAAGUUAUCAAACUUACUAAAAAGUAUCCAGCUUAUUUAUAACAACAAAGGAAACGCGCGAAAUCCCAUAUAUACUCCGUACGGUCUUCACUCUGUAAAAGGAAACCUUCCCUGUAGAUGGAACUUGGGAAACAAGUCAAGUCUUGUUUCUUUAGGAUAGGCUUAAAAAACCUCUUUUAUUUGCUAAUUAUUAAUUCCAUGUAAUAUAAAAUUCUGAAAUAAAAGGUUCCAAAUUUUCAACUUGAAAACCACUCCUCUCCUAGUCGGUUUCCAACAACUUUGCAUUCUCCUAUAAAUACAUGAUACCAUUACAUUCUUAGUUAGAAAACUUUCCCUGUAUUCCGAUUCUCUUCUUGUUUGUUGCUACUUUAGCUUGUAGGCCUAUUCUUCUUGUUCUUGCAAAGUUGGAUCCAUC